UCUCUUAUAUAACCUCCUCAGUAUAACUUCUAUCGGCCUGCGAGGGAAAUUGGGUUCGUGCCUCCUCUUCGCUUGUUGUCGCAGUUUAGGAAAUGGGCGUUCACGGACUUACGUCUUAUCUUGUUCGUUCUGAAGAGUCAGCUCCAUACCUUAGGAGACUGAUCAAGCUGCGAGACACAAAGCUUAUCAUAGACGGAGAUAACUUGUGUAACUACCUUUACAAAGAAAACGGCUUCGAUUGCCGAUGCGGAGGGCAGUAUGAGGAGUUUUACAAGAAAGUGCUGCUGUUUUUCGACGCUCUAAAAUCUAAAGGUGUAGAAUCGUUCGUAGUUCUUGAUGGCGCAUAUGAUAGAAGUGACAAGAAGUUAGAAACACGGAAAGAAAGAACACAAGAGAGGAUCGAAAAGGCUGACCGGUUGUUCAGGAAUGAAACAUCAGCUGAUGGCGAUGAAUACUUUUUACUUCCACUUUUGGCGAAGUUUGUAUUCGUAGAAGUCCUGAGGGAUCACUUGAUAAAAUUUGCUGUUUCUGACUGUGAAGCAGAUCAUGACAUCGCAUCUUUAGCCAAGGAUUGGGCAUGUCCUGUUUUGAGCGACGACAGCGAUUUCUUCAUCUUUGAUGUCAAGGGCGGCUUCAUACCACUUUCCUCUUUCGAUGUUGAUCAGUCAACAGCGCGUAUUUUCUACCGCAGUGACGUGGCAAGAUAUUUUGGAAUACGUGAAGAAUUGCUCCCUUUGCUUGCUUCCUUACUGGGCAAUGAUUACGUGAGUAGGGAAGCAUUAAACCCCUUGAACCACACAAUUCGCAAUUUUUCCAGCGAUGGUCUUAGUGGAAAGGAAAUGAGGUUUUCAGGUGUCAAAAAUUUCCUCUCCCAGCUCCCUAAUUCAAUCUCAGAAACACAAGCGUUCGAGCUCGUUUUGGGAUCGAUAGAACCGAGUGAAAGUAGGGAGCGGCUUGAGAAAGCUGUCGAGUAUUCCCUUCAAGAAUACGCAAUUACGAAGUCCAAUUUAUUGGAUUACCUCCGAAAUGGAGUGGUCUGUAGUCUUCUAAGAACCCAAAGUAAUCUCGAACUUGACGAAGAGGUAUUGCGCAGGUUUCGCGAAGGAAAGUUUUCUGCCGAUUGUGUGAGCACCUUAACGGCGGGAAAAGUAUUUCUCAGAGUUCAGGUCGAGGACUGUGAGAGCAGAUCAUCAAAUCAGUGUUCAAUGGCACUGAGACAGCUGAUGUAUGGCAUUUUGAGCGAUGGAGGAAGAAACAUGAAGAGGAUCGAGGAAUGGGACAGAGAGGGCUUUGCACUCAUGAACACAGAUAUUAAGCCUUACAAUGAUAAGAUCCCUUCGAUCAGUUCUAUACUAAUCGAUCCUCACGGGAGAUUAACGAUGUUCUUGGAUGCGCUAGAUUCAGACUCGGCUUAUAUAAAAUCAUUACCAAAAGAGCUAGCGUUAGUCGCAUCAUCUCUUCGUUUUCUUCAUCGUAACUCGCAACCGCCACUGGAGAAUAGUCAUCUGCACGCUCUACUUUGUAGUUGUGUCAAACUAGAGGAUGGUUCGUGGAAACAUUAUCUAGAACAUCCAACAAAAGCUUUCUCCCAACCCUUUGAUGAGAGAGCAGCGCAAAGCUUUUGUCAGUGGCAGUGUGUCUUGAGAGAUGCCAUUCAUCUCAACUUCGUUUUGCUUGAGCCAGUGCAGACACCAUGUAUCCGCAAAGUUUUCAAUGGAAAACUGGUGCAUUGCCUCCAGAGGGAAUUGACAACAGGCAGUAAGCCAGAAUCCUUGAUGUCUCCAAGCUCUCUUGCUCGGUAUCAAGAGCUUUGCACAGCAAUUACUGUCGACCAGGAGGAAAAAGGUAUAGAUCCUCAGUCCUAUCCUCAUAUGCCAGAGGAAAUACGAAGCUUUAUUCACUUCUUCCAUAAGCAUGUCACUGACCAGAAUCUCUCUGGCAUUCAGUCCAUCUAUGAAAAGAAGUUCAACAAAUUGACUAAGAGAUAUUUUGAAAAAUCUCCUUGGCCUGAACCUGAUUAUGUCGCAAGCCUUGUGGAUGGAGACCAAGUGUUUUUGAUCCUUUACAAAGAGCUGUACUACAGACACAUCUACAACAAGCUCAAGCCAACACUGGAACAUCACUUUGAAUCUUAUUUCAACUACUGUGAUCUUUUCAACUACAUUUUGAACACAGAUGAACCAGUACCUCUCAGCUUGCCUGAUCAGUGGUUGUGGGAUAUUAUUGAUGAAUUUAUUUACCAGUUCCAAGCAUUCAGCCAGUACCGAUCAAAGUUGUUGAAAAAGGGAAAAGACGAAGUUGAAAUUUUAAGAGAAAAUACAAAGAUUUGGAAUGUUCACAGUGUGCUCAAUGUGUUGUAUUCUUUGGUGGAGAAAUCCAAGAUUAAUCACCAGCUUGAGAGGUAUAACCAAGGGGGUGACCCAGACUCAGUAGCUGGCGAGUUUGGAAUUCAUCCACUCUACAAGAUGCUAGGUUACUUCAGUCUGAUCAGUUUGCUACGACUGCACUCGCUGCUUGGCGAUUAUUUUCAGGCCUUCAAAGUUCUGGAGAAUGUCGAGCUAAACAAGAAGAGUCUAUACUCAAGAGUUCCAGCUUGCCAGAUCACUACCUACUAUUAUGUUGGGUUUGCAUACCUCAUGAUGAAGAGGUACCAGGAUGCUAUUCGCAGUUUCUCCAAUAUCCUGCUUUACAUUCAGAGGACCAAUGGUAUAUUCCAAACUAUAUCCUAUCAGAAUGAACAGAUAAUGAAGAAGAAAGAUCAGAUGUAUGUACUGCUGGCCAUCUGUCUGACGUUAUAUCCACAGCGACUUGAUGAACAUGUUCACUCACAACUGAGGGAGAAAAAUGCAGAUAGGUUGCAACAACUUCAGCAUGGAAAUUUGCAGACAUUUGAGGAGUCAUUCUCAUAUGCUUGUCCUAAGUUUAUCUCCCCAGUCCCUCCAAACUUUGACGCACCUCCAGCUAAUUUUAACAGGGAACCAUUUAAUCUUCAGCUGAAAGUUUUCAUGAAUGAAGUGUUGCAGCAGUCUCCGAUACUAGUAAUUAGAAGCUAUUUGAAGUUGUACACCACAAUGCCCAUCGCAAAGCUUGCUGCAUUUUUAGACAUGGAUGAGAGUCAGUUCAGGACCCAACUGCUCUGCUUCAAGCAUAAACAGAGGAAUCUUGUGUGGACGAAAGGAACAGAUGCUCUCCAGGGAGAGCUCCAGUCUUCCUCUGAAGUGGACUUUUACAUUGACCAGGAUAUGAUACACAUCGCAGAUACGAAAGUUGAACGGCGGUAUGGAGAUUUCUUUAUUAAACAGAUUCACAAGUUUGAGGAGGUCACAAGGAAAAUCCAAGCAUUCAGUAACACUUAAACAAUCAUCUGAGGAAAGAUACUGUUUAGAGGAGAAGGAGAUAAAAUCCAGAGAAACACCGAUACUAAUCAUCUAUCCAUCCCAGUGUACUCCUUUUUGCAAUCUGUGAUAUCAUUAGAAGUUUAUUUUACUGGCUUUGCCAACAAUACAUAUAAUGUAGGAAAUGGGUAAAUUACAUAACAGUAAUGGGCAGGCAACCACAACAGCGAUAACUAAUUACUGUGGUCUCAGGAAAAUUAAAAUAGUAAAAAGAUUACAUCAGUAACCAAUAAUUAAGAACAGCAUGGAGUUGGUGUUGUUUUCAGACUGCGAUAUGAAUUACAUUUUGCAUAGAUAGUUUUAUAAGUCCUAGGAUAGUCAAUGUCAAAAAUCUCUUGGAGUGCAGUUGAAUAAUAACACAUCAAAGCACGUUUGAAGUCAUUUACAUUGUUCACACUUAGGUUAAGCUCGUCUGGCAGUGUGUUCCAGAUUCUUAUUUUUCAUACAAUAAAUGACUGUUGAAAAGUUGAAGUCUUGCAUUUAGGUACAGAGUAUUUGGUAACAGCCGUAUUGGCAGACAAUCCUGUAUGUCUUGUAGAACGAGCAAUAGGAACAAUUGUAGGGUCUAUAUCCAGUAACAUAUCUAAGUACUCAUGCCAGUAGCUGAUAGGUAGUAAGGAAAGGGCUUCUAGCCGUUGUUCAUAACUCUGACAGCAUGAGAGUGGUAGUAUCAAGGUAUAUUUUGUAGCCCAUCUCUGUAUUUUUUCUAGAUAUGAGAUGAAUAAAUAGAUUGUGGUGCCCAAACUUGUUUCGCUUAGCCCAGAUGUGGUCUAACGAUGGUUAAAUAGAUUGAUCUUCUUACAUCAGUACUUUGUAUAUGACACGUAAAUCGUUUAACAAACCCAUGUAACUUGUUUGCAUGCACCGAGCAUUGCUCUGAUUCCAUAUUGGGUCAGUGGAAACCCAGACAUCAAGAUCACAUUCGUGACUUGUUUUCUCCAACAUAGCUUCAUUUAUAUCGUAGGCAGUGUUCAGUGGCUUGGUUUUACGCGUGAUGGACUGG